AUGCCGAAGGAGACGACCAAGACGACCAAGAGGAGGGCGGCCACGAAGCAGGAUAAGGCGCCGAAAGCGAAGGGCAAGAAGGACCCGAAGGCACCCAAGCGGGCGCUGUCCGCAUACAUGUUCUUCAGCCAGGACUGGCGGGAGAGAAUCAAGGCUGAGAACCCCGACGCCGGUUUCGGUGAAAUCGGCAAGCUCCUCGGCGCGAAGUGGAAGGAGCUCGACGACGACGAGAAGAAGCCUUACCUCGACCAGGCCGCGGCCGACAAGUCGCGGGCCGAGGAGGAGAAGAACGCUUACGAUGGCAAGAAGGCCGACAGCGGUAGCGGUGACGGGGACGACGACGACGAGUGA